AUGCUGCCGACACAGUCUGAGGCCGAGCGGCAGGCGCGGCGACGCGCGAAGUUCUCGGACGCGGCGCGCACGGCUAUUCUGGGCGACGUGCUGGCGGACCGUGGGCUGCUGAGCCGCGCCGGGAGCGCGACGGCCGCGCUCGACGCGCUGCGCACGGACGCCGGCGCCCGCGCGCGGCUGCUGGACGAGGUCCGCGCGCUGCACUCGCAGGACCCGACCGCUGAGCUCGUGGGUCACGGGCUGCGCAAGCUGCGCGAAGUGCUGGUCAGCGUGCGCGCGAGCGCCGGCGACGCGCGUGCGCGCGAACUCGCGCAGGAGACUUUUGAGCUCUCCGUGCAGUACUACGUGGAUACCGAGAACUGGCCCUACGCCGCGUCGUGCCUCGAGUACCUGGCGGGCGCCGCAGCCGGCGACCGCGCCGCGCAGCACGUCUCGUGUCUGGCGCUGUACCGUGCGCUCAUGGACCGCGAUCCCGCCGCCGCGCUGGACCUGAUCCGCGCGCACUGCGCUGCGCGCCCGCACCUUUUUGCCGCCUGUAUCGAUGCCAUCGCGCUGUCGGGCCAGCCCGUGCUGUGGUACGCCGCGGCCGCGCGGCUGCCCGCGCCCGUGCGCGCGUUCGUGCUGCGACUGCCCGCCGCGCAGCGCCUGCAGGAGGACGCGCUGCUCGUCCUGGGCCGUGCGUACAACCAGCUGCCGCUUGAGUUUGUCGAGCGCGCGUGCUUCUGCGAGCUUGGCUGCCGGCUGCAGGAGGAGCUGGCCCGCCGUUGGGCCAUCGCCACGGGCCCAGCGGGGCAGAAGACGGUCUACUUUAAAAGGCGCCGCGAGCUGGGCGCAGACAGGGCCCAGGGAGGGCCACCCGAGCGCGCCAGCCUGCCAGGCAGCGCUGGCGCGGUCUCGGGCCCACGACGUGGAUCGUGA